AUGCCCCCAGAGGAGGUCUCUGCAAUCUGGCAAGGAAACAAAGUCAUGAGAGACAGUGAUGUGUCAUGGGUGGCUGUGCUGCAGCUGUGUCCUGGUGCUGAUGAUAUACCCCCUGCAGGCAUGCCUGUUAUCACUCCAGAAAGUAUUGGAGCUGCCCAGAAGGAAGUAGCUCCCAUCUGUGAGAUCAGCAUCAUCCCUUUACGACAUGCCAAGCAGCCCAUCCAAUUGAACAUGGUUGAAGAUGCUGUUGAUGACAUGUACUUCGAUUGCAAUGCAAGGAUGGCAGACAUGGUCAACAAGAAAUACUUUAGAAAAGAAAAUAAGGGAAAAUUUGGAGAUGUCUGGAAAAAGGCAAAGACAUGUGCAAAGAAUAGAUUUACAGAAAAAGAUAAAGAAGAUAAGGCCUUAACCAUUAAUCACAUACAGGCAAUCUGUGUUUACACAGGUAAUGAUGCAGGGAAAGAUAAAAAUUUUUAUCAGGAGUUCAAUGAUGCAGUCCGGACAAAAAGAAAAAAAUAUUGUACCUCCUUUCCAUUCCACUCCUUACAUUUCUGGCUGACAUCCGCUAUACAGAUCCUCAAUAAGAAUAAAAACUGUAGCACCACUUACCGCAGAACCAAUGUCGUGUUUACCGGCAAGGUCAACCAGAUAGUUCGGUUUGGUACUUUUGCAUCCUCCUCUCUCAGCUCAAACAUGACACAGUUUGGUAACAAAACCUGUUUUAAAAUUACGACCUGCUUUGGUGCUUUCUUGAAGAAAUAUCCACGCCUUAAAGAUAUAGAGCAGGAAGUGCUCAUCCCCCCUUAUGAGAUGUUCAAAAUAACUGAGACAAUAUCUGUAGAAAAUGUGUCUGACUGUGAGCGUGUGUAUAUCUUAGAGAGUGCAGGAGUGCAGAGCAAUCUAGACUGUUUUGCUUUUAAAUGA